AUGGCGAUACCUAUAGGCUUCUUCGUCUUCCUUAUUCUAGCUCACCAGGUUUCCUGCAUCGGCUCCCUUGUCCAUGCGCUUCCUGCCUCCCAGCAUCCAGAUUCUGGCCCUGAUGCGAUGGUGAUUCCGCAUCAAUUCUUGGUUCGCCUGGCUGAGAACUACACUCUGGACUCUCACUGGCAACGCAUCGGCGCAGAGCUUAACAUCACUCGUUACUACAAGAACCUUGACUGCUACUAUAUCGACUUCAGCAACGAUAACAUUACCCACGAUCUGUCCGAGGAGUCGACUCUUGCUCUAAUACGUAGCGACCCGAACGUUGAUCGCGUUUCACCCAAUGAAGUCUUCCGCAUGGACACGGGCGUCACAGAUCACAUUGUCUAUUGA